UUCAGUUUACACUUUACAUGACCAAUUUCAAGAUCUAAACCGCGCCUCAGAAGAAUAAUCUUGGCCUUUCGGCUACACACAUUAAUCGGCGCUCAGCAAAUCGGCCGAAAAGUUUUAUUUUUUUUUUCUCCAGCCAUUCUUUUUAUCCGGUUCAGGGGAGAUUUCUUGUUUCUGAACUCACAAAAAGGAUAACAGAAAAACAUUUUUAAAGACUGUCACCUCUGUAUUGCAAAAUGGCAGCCACUGAUACUGCUGCCUUGAAAGUGGACAAAUCUGCAAAGAUCUUUGUUGCGGGACAUCGCGGGUUGGUUGGAUCAGCUGUUGUACGCCGCUUGCGUAGCGCUGGCUACACCAACAUCAUCCUUCGCUCACACUCCGAAUUAGACCUCACUAUCCAGUCCGCUGUCAAAACCUUUUUUUCUAUCGAAAAACCUCAAUACGUCAUUCUUGCUGCAGCCAAAGUCGGUGGGAUCCACGCUAACGCGACAUACCCUGCCGACUUCAUCACCAUCAACCUUCAGAUACAGACCAAUGUCAUCGACUCUGCCUAUCGUUACGGUGUCAAAAAGCUCGUGUUUUUGGGUUCUUCUUGCAUCUACCCUAAACACGCGCUGCAACCCAUAUCGGAAUCCGCUCUGUUAACGGGUCCGUUAGAGCCUACCAACGAGUGGUACGCCAUCGCGAAAAUCGCAGGCAUUAAGAUGUGUCAAGCGUAUAGGAUUCAGUACAAGUGGGACGCGAUUUCAGCGAUGCCUACAAACUUAUACGGUCCUAACGACAAUUUCCACCCUGAGAAUGCACAUGUUUUGCCAGCAUUGAUGAGGCGGUUUCACGAGGCAAAAGUUUCGGGAGCUAAGGAAGUGGUGGUGUGGGGUUCGGGGUCACCGUUGCGUGAGUUCCUGCACGUCGAUGAUCUGGCGGAUGCAGUGGUGUUUUUGUUGGAAAAUUAUUCGGGUUUGGGGCAUGUGAAUGUGGGGAGUGGGAAGGAGGUUUCGAUUAAGGAACUUGCGGAGUUGGUUAAAGAGGUUGUCGGGUUUGAAGGAGCGCUUGUGUGGGAUGGUUCGAAGCCUGAUGGAACUCCAAGGAAGCUUAUGGAUAACUCGACCCUCGCGAAGCUCGGUUGGGAGCCGAAGAUUUCUCUUCGCGAUGGCGUUGUUGGCACUUAUGAAUGGUAUGUCAAAUAUACGAAGCAACAAUGACCUGCACUGAUUUUUCGACCAAUAUGUGCGUCUUUUUUGCUGUCUCAUUGCUAUCUAUGUUUAAAGAUCAUCUUGCUGAUUCGGUAAUAUGUAAAACAAUGGAAUAGCGCAAGUUUUUGACGAAAUACUCAACUCUGUUUCCAAUCUGUGGUUCUUAGUUUAUCAUGUCGUCUUACUUUGUGAUCGACUAAGAAUGUUCAUAUUCAUAUACAUGAUUUGUGUAGCGUUCUAUGCGCGUUUGUGUGUUGAUACGUGUACCUUUGCAAAUC